CGCCGAAUCCAACUCCCAUUUCGGACGAUAAUUACCGAACAGCCGGUCCCGCAUCGGCGUAAAUAACGCCGUCAUGGCCAUCUUCAAAUUCACUUCCAAACAGAAGCUUAUUGGCACCAUCGCCAUCUCAUUCGCAUUCUUCGUCGCCGAAAUUGCUGUUGCCUUCUUGACAGGAUCUCUGGCACUCCUUGCCGACGCCUUUCAUUACAUGAAUGAUCUCAUCGGAUUUAUCGUCGCUCUAACAGCUAUCAUUAUAUCCGAGCGAGCUGAGUCACCCCAGGACUUUUCCUUUGGAUGGGCAAGAGCGUCGCUACUUGGCGCCUUCUUCAAUGGUGCCUUCCUUCUGGCUCUUGGUAUAUCCAUUUUCCUACAGUCGAUCGAACGAUUCAUCUCUCUUAAGAAUGUCGAAAAUCCCAAGCUGGUAUUAAUUAUGGGAUGCAUCGGUCUCACCCUCAACAUCAUUAGCGCCACUCUACUGCACGAGCAUCAUGAACACGACCACGGGCACGGACAUGCUCAUGGCCAUACUCAUGAUCACGGGGGAGAGUACGAGCACAGUCAUUCGAGCAGCCAUAGCUACGGUGCCGUCGACAUUGAGACCGGCAUGGCUGGAAAUGACAGCCUUGAUGAGCACCCGAUGACUCCAAUCAGCGCCCAUGCCGAACACCGACACGUCAUUGCCAACAUGAAGUCCCCCGGACGCGACCUCGGAAUGAUGGGCGUUUUCAUCCACGUAAUCGGAGACGCGCUGAACAACGUCGGUGUCAUCAUCGCCGCCUUGGUCAUCUGGCUUACGAGCUACGACGCCCGUUUCUAUGCUGAUCCGGGGGUCAGCAUGGGCAUCGCCAUCAUGAUCCUAUUGUCAUGCCUUCCUCUCGUUAAGAACAGCGGCAAGAUCCUGAUGCAGAGCGCGCCGCGUGGCGUGGACUUGGAUGAUGUCAAGCACGAUCUUGAGAAGAUCCCUGGUAUCGAUUCGGUCCAUGAGUUGCAUAUCUGGCGUUUAGACCAGAAGAAGUCAAUCGCUUCAGCGCAUGUUGUUGUCUCCAACGACAAGAUGUCUGACUUCAUGGAAAGUGCCAAGACGGUGACGGAGUGUCUGCACGCAUAUGGUAUUCACUCGGCAACUCUGCAGCCCGAGCUGGCCGUUUCACCCCCUGGCUCUGCAAUACCUACUGCGAUGGGCGCAGCGUCCUCUGUUGUCUCGUCGAGUAGAAGACGCCGAGCCGAGGGCGCUGCUGCUUGCCAGAUGGUAUGCGGGGACAUGUGUGGGAAUCUGAUGUGCUGCACUACGACAAUGUGAAUGGGCGCCUGGCGUCGGAUGUUCUAUUGCAAACCGUUGGUUGGGAGUUUCGAUAAGAAUAGCUAAAUAGACGCCUGCAGUAAAUGAUACAUACUAGAAAUAGGAAACUGCCAGUUUCUGUUACUGCGACAUGCUGGAUGAUAUUCCAUUUCCAUAGCAAGGUUGAACAUAAUUUGGCGUGGGAUGACGUCAACCCAAUAGGAACUCCAAC